AUGAAAUAUCGAAAUUUUCUGCUCAAAUUGUUCAUAAAUAGAAACGGUUGUUUAAGUCUAUAUCCAUUAACGAUUUAUACUUUAUUUGGAGCAAGGAUAAUCUUUAAAAUCUGUGUUGUAUUAUGUGGAUUCCUUGUUGGUGCAGCGAUUUAUUAUCGUACCACAAAUAUAUGGGCCUUAAAAAAUCUUGCUGACUCAUUUUUAUAUAAACAAAUCGGCUUAAGACCGAUCAUAAUUGGUACUUUCAAUCGCAUGAAAAACGAACAAAAUGUAGAUGGUCAUUUUGUGGUCAUGCAAUUCAUUGGCGAUUCAAGAAUGAGCCAUAGUUUAUAUUGCUUUUCGAAUGAUGAAAAUGGUGAGACGUCGAUUUCACGAGCACAUAUUCAGCGAAUUCAUAAAGGAAAACGGGCUGCUACCGAUGUUUGCUCAUGGAGUGGUCAUAUAGCUGAAUGUCACGUUGCUCAAGCAUUUCCGAAAUCAAUAAGAGUAAGUACUGUCAGCAAUAUUAAUCAUUCUAUUGAAAUAGCUGUCGAACCACCUCUAAUCAAUGAGCGCCAUAAACUUGUGGUAUGUAUUGCACCGAUGUACACUUAUACCGACUGGCAAACGAUGUUGUUGGGCAUCGAAACAUGGUUAAUUUUAGGAGCAACAAAGUUAAUAGUACCAAUACAAUCAGCAACAAAAGCAGUUUAUACUAUAUUGAAACAGUACGAAAAAGCAGGUUUAGUUGUAAUUCGUCAUUGGCCGAAAUUGCCUAUCUUAUCUGAUGUUAAUCCUAAUGGACUCGUUUUAUCACGAGGUAUAGAAGAAUCUCAUGUUAACUGUUUAUUUUACGUAAAACCAUGGGCAGAAAUGGUAGCCUUCACAGAUAUUGAUGACUUGCUUCUACCAGUCGACCCUGCUACGAUCUACCAAAAUAAUGCCGUUGACCUCCUCCAGAAUUUCCUCAUCGAACAUCCCCAGGCUGGUUCUUUUCUAUUCGAACACAAAGACGUUCAAAUUGUGCUUCCCGAAGGAAAUAAUCUCACAACUUUAGCGAAUUUCAAUUUUAAUUUCCUUGAAAAAACGAGGUGGAAAUCGACAUGCAAAGUUUGGCGCAUGAAAACUCGUGUGAUCGCGAUCGCAAAUCGAGUGGAUACAGUAAAUAUGCACGAAACUGGAAUACACCGAUUUGGAUAUGUUCAGGUUCAUAUUCCAUGUCAUAAAGGUCAUUUCUACCAUAUGCGCCAUUCACAUCGCGAAAUCGGGCAUGAAAGCCUCGUCAGCAUGACUUUUUUAAUGAAUAAAGUUAAUAAAGCAUUUUCUGAUCGAAUCAAUUCCGAAUUAUUAGAAAUAUCAAGAAUCCCUCUAAACAGAUCCUCCACAGAAUCAUUCGAGGAUUUUGACAGCUGUAUAAAAGAAAUCAAUCGCGAGCACUUAACAUUAGUUGUCUCAAGGUGUAUGACACCCCAUGUCUGUUAUUCACGCUCAAAAAACAAUAUGGCUUGUAUAACAUCUGCGGGUUAUUAUAAAUUUUCACAUUCUUCGAAUGAUUUCAUUAUUGCCUUGGUCAGAUCGAAUUUCACAAAUAGCAAUAUGGAUUGUGAAUCGUCAUAUCCCCAAUAUUUACAAGGAAAUUAUUUUUAUUUACCUUAA